CAAGCCGUUGCGAGUCACGUUCAAGCCUCAACGCCCAUCGCAGAUUCAGUUCGCUUCCGGGCCCUAUGCGACAGGCGCGGUCAUCAUGGCGGCCAAAUCCAAGAAGCUGGACCCGGUUUGGGAUGAUCUCGAUAGGAUCAUGGGCCAAUUGUUCAUGAUGGGGUUCGACGGGACCACUGUUACCCCACACAUUCGGACAAUUAUCGAAGAGUUCCAGGUUGGCUCCAUCCUGCUUACUGCAAAGAAUUGCAAAUCUGCCGAACAGACAACAAAGCUCUGUUAUGACUUGCAAAAGAUUGCCCAUGAAGCUGGCCACCCGGUGCCUUUGGCCAUCGGUCUUGAUCAAGAAAAUGGUGGUGUCAACAGUCUUUUCGACGAGAUCUACAUCCGCCAGUACCCCAGCAACAUGGGUAUGGCAGCCGCAGGAUCGACCGACUUGGCUCUCGAAGUAGCAAAAGCAACUGCACAAGAAAUCGCUGCCUGCGGCAUCAAUUGGAUUUUCGGACCAUGCCUGGACGUUCUCACCAAUGCACGGAAUCAACCUCUCGGAGUCAGAACAGCUGGCGACGACCCUCAGGAAGUUGCUGCAUACGGCUGCGCGUUCAUGCAAGGCUACAAGGAGGCUGGAGUCGUGACACUGGGGAAGCAUUUUCCGUCAUACGGUAAUCUUGAGUUUCUUGGCUCGACUCUCGAUGUCCCUAUAAUCACAGAGUCACUGGAGCAGCUGAGCCUGAGCGCACUGAUCCCUUACAAAAAGGCUAUUGAGAGAGGCCUCGACUCGAUGUUCGUCGGUGGUUGCGCAAUGUCUUCGGCGGGUCUGAAUGCCAUGCACGCCUGUCUUUCCGAGCAGGUCAUCGACGGACUCUUACGAACCGACCUGAGGUUCGACGGUGUAGUUGUUUCCGAGUGCCUCGAGAUGGAAGCGCUCAGUCACAACAUUGGCGUUGGCGGCGGCACAGUCAUGGCUGUCAAUGCUGGUUGCGACAUUGUCCUUCUCUGCCGAUCAUUCGAAUUCCAACAAGAAGGGAUGAAAGGGCUAAAGACUGGAAUUGAAAACGAGGUGGUCUCCAAAUCAAGGAUCUUCAACUCCCUCAGACGUGUAUUAGCAUUGAAGGCAAAAUGUACGUCUUGGGAGAAGGCAUUGAACCCUCCAGGUAUCGACUACCUUGAAACACUUCAGCCUUCACACACAGCACUGUCCACAAAAGCGUACAACAGCUCUAUCUCGGUUGUACGUGACAAGAACAGGCUUCUACCACUGACCAAUAUUCUGGAGAGCGAAGAAGAGCUACUUCUACUUACGCCGCUGGUGAAACCGCUGGCUGCAUCCGCUGCAUCGCGGGAGCUGUCUGAUGCAGCUGCUACUCAUUCGCCCGAACCCCAUACUUGGGAACACAGCUCAUCUGUGAUGAGCGGAGAGCGAGUAUUCAGAGAACUGGGAAGGUCUCUGGCUAGACAACGAAACGGUCGAGUGCUACACACUUCCUACACAGCCAAUGGCGUUCGACCUGUGCACGAGAAUCUCAUCAACCGUGCAAGUGCGAUCAUCGUCCUCACUGCAGACGCCAACCGGAACCUAUACCAAUCUGGCUUCACAAAGCACGUAUCGAUGAUUUGCAACAUGCAGUACACCACGGGCGGCGAGAAGCGGGAGAAGCCUUUGAUUGUGGUCGCUGUGAGUUCACCAUACGACUUCGCUAUGGACACUUCGAUUGGGACAUACAUUUGCACGUACGACUUCACCGAGACGGCGCUCAACUCCUUGGUGAGGGUUUUGUAUGGCGAGCUCUCACCGACAGGGACGCUACCUGGAACCAUCAGUAAGAGCCAGAAGUUACAUCCUUCGAGACAACAUUGGCUGGUCGAGAUCUUCAACGAGGAACGAGACGCAAACGCCCUUGAUGCCCUCAUCAAUGUAGUUAUGGAAGGCACGGCGCCAAAUCAGCGGUCAGAGUUGUCAAGUGCAACUUCUAGCUCGUUCAUACUACACCAUCCUGAAGUCGAAGAGUCGCACUUUGUGGUAAGGAACAGCAGCACCCAAGCUUUGUAUGGAUUUUGCUCCACAUACUUCUUCAAGUCGACAGGCACUGGAGUCAUCAGCGCGCUGUUUGUCGAUCCGGCCAGGAGGAAAUUAUCCAUUGGCCACUCGCUACACAACCGGGCCAUCAGAACUUUGUUGCAGAAAGAAGGCAUCAAGCGGUUCCAGCUGGGUUCUCGGUUACCGAGUGUGUAUCUUGGAAUCCCUACAGGUCACGGUGCUGAGCGUAAACGGUUACGCUCGUGGUUCGCUAACCUCGGUUGGAAUGCAGCGCUCUCACGACCAAUCUGCAGUAUGGUAGCUCGCAAUUUGCAGGCCUGGACUCCACCUGAAGGUAUGGCAAAGAGCUUAGCGAGUGCUGGAGCACAGUUCGAUCUUGUCUACGGUUGGGACUACGCAGGGCCUAUUCUGGACCACAUCAAGACCAGCAAUCGACAAGGACUGGCUGAGGUCUACAAGCUUGCCCUUCAAGACCCCCAGGCUUGCGGCAUCAUCCGUGCCAAACGCCCAGAAGACGGCGCUCUGCUAGGCACUGUGGUGCUUUACAACCAGCACUCACGACUUUCUGAAUACAUACCGCCACUAAAAGAUCUCAAUGAAUCAGCUGGGGGUAUCUCUUCACCGGUGAUAUCGCCAGGUGCAGGAGAGUACUCGACAUUGCUUCAAGGGCUCAUCCUGCUUGGAAUGCGGCAGAUCAGGGCACAGGGUUGCAAUGCCUGUUUGCUGGAUUAUAUGGAUGGUGAUGGGAAUUUUGACGGCUUCUUUACGAUGGGCUUCGACGUCAUGCACAACUUCGAGGAAGUGUCAUGUGACGCAGCAACGUGGACUACGAUACCGCCUGCUUAG